AGAUUGCAGGAUCUAGCAGAGAAACUCAGAUUAAAAUCACAAAAGGUUUCUUUGCACCUGCAUCCUCCAAUAGUAAAUCUAAAUGUCUGAAUAAAUCGCUUAUUAAGGAGGCUGACAAACAAAUUUCCAGUGCUAAUAAAAUAAUAGAAAUUAAAUAUGAUGAUCUAGAAGAAUUAGAAUAG